GCAUGCGCAGUGGCCAACGAGGAAGUGGAUGGGAGAAGCCGCCACGAGUUCUUCCGGGUCGGAGUUGAAGUCAACAAUUGAACAAAAUGAUCCAACUUCACUUCACAAAAGAUGUUUUACCACUUUGUGUCUCCAGCGACUUUCACAAGCUCAACAAGUUCAACGAGCAGCAAUUUAGUCACCUGCUGGAAAUACUCUUCCAGUUUUUGUUGCAGCCCAAAGAGACCGAGAAGUUCAUGCAGCAGUUGAGUGAAUUUGCAGGAGAAAACCGGAUGAGUGCUGGCCCGCUGAAGAACCUCAUGAAGAGCAUCAUCCUCGUGCCACAAGGUGCGAUGAAGAGGAACCUGACAUGUGAGCAGCUGAAAGAAGACUUGCAGACGUUAGGACUUCAGGAGGACAAGGCGUCUCACUUCUCCCAACAGUGGGCGGAGCAUAGUGCGGCGCUGUCCAGAGUGGCGGUCAGACACACCCUGAUGGUCAACCAGCUGGUGGACAUGGAGUGGAAGUUUGGAGUGACUGUCGGCUCCAGUGAGAUCCACAAGGUCAGCAACAUCUUCCUGCAGCUGAAACUGGUGGUCCGCAAGGGGAGCUCCACAGAGAACAUCUACAUGGUUCGUAAAUAAAAGUCAGCUAAUAAUGGCGUCAAUGGAAAGCUGACACUACCUCAGUUUUAUAACUUUCUCCACGAGAUGGAACGAGCCAAAGCCAGCAUGGAUUGUUUCAGCUGAGUGUGUGUGUGUGUGUGUGUGUGUGUGUGUGUGUGUGUGUGUGUGUGUGUGUGUGUGUGUGUGUGAUUCUAUUUAGUUUCCUUCCAUUUUUCCAUUUUUUCAACUGUGGCACAUUUCAAUUGAAACAAAGACAAGUUGGACAACUUGAGCGUGUCAGAAGGAACAGAUGAUGUUAUGAGUUAGCUCAUGGCCUCUUGUCACCAAAAACUGACAAAAAAUAACAAAGAAUUAGAACACAGUGCUAAUGUCUAUCUUAAGUUGAACAUUUUAACUCAAGUUCUCAUUACAAAACCAUGUACAACUGUAAAAUAGUCUGGAACCAUCAUACACACUUUUAAUAAAUGGACACGCAAACGUCAACAUUCCUGUCACACAAGUGUAAAAAGAAGUAAAGUGCUGUAUUGGAGAAUGACAAUAAAGACAAAGAUUGCAGGAA